AGUAGCGGAGCGGCGAGGCGCCAGAGCCGGGGAGAGAAAACCCGGGCACCCGGGGCGGUCCGGAGGAGAGCCGAGCCCGCACACGAGCACUGGAUUAAAGACGGAGGGCGACGGAGAGUGACGGACGGCGACGGAGGAUGGUCUCCGAGGGCCGCUCGAAGCAAGACACCGUCGCGUUAUGGAGCCUUUUCGCCGCCGGGAGGACUGAACGGGGGGAGAUUUCAGGUUAGCCGCGCUGGCUAACAGCGCUAGCAUUAGCUUUAGCUGCCGUGCAGGCAGGAUUCCAGUAGCCAGCAGGCUAGGCUAGGCUAGGCUAAGGUGAGGUAAGGUGAGGUAAACUCAAGCCGAGCGGUCGUGUUUGGGAUUAAAAAGGAGCAGAAAGGCUGUCAGCGCGAUUUUAAAGACGUUUGUGGCUCAAAAACGCACAUUGUGUGUGAAUAUUUGGCGGUCGGUGCGACUGGAGAGCGAUUUUUGUUUGUUUGCUGCAGCUGCGGGAUCUCAGCCAGAGCGCCGCAUUUCAAUCAGAGCUGCUGGAGCCCUCACUGGGAACACCGGGGGGUUCCAGAACACUGGGAACACCGGGGGGGUUCCAGAACACUGGGAACAGCAAAGGGGUUCCAGAACACUGGGAACACCAGAGGGUUUCUGGAAUACUGAAAACACCACACACACAGAGGACUGAUAAAGCAUUAAAAUAACCAGCAGACUCUGGAAUACUGAAAACACCAGAGGAUCCCCCCAAGAUUACUGCACGCUGUGAGAAUGUUGAGCUGUUUUUGGAUUUAUAAUUUAAUCCGUACUGAAAAAACACUGAAGAUUCCUAAAGCUUUAAAACAUCAGAAGACUCCCCCGAAGUACUGAACACACAUCUCACCUUCCCACCAAACUGACCCAUUCCUUCUGGAUGCUGCUCCACCUGCUGACCACGUCUGGCCAGCUUAGCACAAACGCACAACGACUACAACGCAAACACAACAGCUUUAACAUAUAAUACCACAGUAUGCAUAACGACAUAUAACAGUAUAUAACAGUAUAUCACAGUAUAUAACAGUAUAUAUAACGAUAUAACACUGGCACAAACAGAGCUGAGGCAGCCUCUACCGCAGUAAACCACAGUAAACACUCGUCUGCCUUGGCCUCCGCCUCGGAGCUGACCCCAGUCCUCAGGCAGCAUGUUUUCCGUGCGGAUAGUGUGUGCGGAUUACUACAUGGCCAGCCCCUUGGCCGGCCUGGAUGUGUGUUAUUCCGAUUUUAGGGACAGCGAGGUGAAGAGGGUACCGGUGGUCCGGAUCUUCGGCUCCACGCCAGCAGGUCAGAAAACGUGUCUACACCUGCACGGCAUGCUGCCGUACGUCUACGUGCCGUACGACGGCUUCGGGCAGCAGCCGGAUCGUUACCUGCGCCAGGUGGCCUACAGCAUCGACCGAGCGGUCAACAUCAGUCUGGGAAACCCCGCCUGCACCGUCCAGCACAUCUACAAGAUCACCGUAGUGUCUGGCAUGCCUUUCUAUGGGUAUCAUGCUCAGGAGAAGCCCUUUAUGAAGAUCUAUCUCUAUAAUCCUCAGAUGGUGAGAAGAGUGUGUGAGCUGUUACAGGGUGGUGCUGUGAUGAAUAAGUGUUUUCAGCCCCAUGAAGCUCACGUCCCCUUCCUGCUUCAGCUCUUCAUCGACUACAACCUGUACGGCAUGAACCUCGUUAACCUGUCAGCCGUGCGCUUCCGCAAACGCAGAACAGAGGGUCACAGUGCGGUGGAGAGCCGAAGUCCGUGGAGAAGCUCCUGCACCUCCAAACUCAAUGACAGUGUUCUAGGGGGAACCUUCACCCGGUGGGACGAGGAUAAUUUACCCAGUUCUCUGGUUAUGGAGGACGUGGCGAGGGUCAGUGUGUGUGAGUUGGAGGUGGACGCUGUGGCUGCAGACGUUCUAAACCGACUGGAGAUAGAGAAUCAGAUUGGCAGGAAUCCUGGACUGCAGGCCAUCUGGGAGGACGAGAAGCAGCGGAGGAGAGAGAGAAACCAGAGCUCCCAGAUAGAAGCCCCUCACUCUCAGGAUCGGCCAUGUGUGGAGCAGGUGGAGAGCGAGCGGAUCUUCAUGAAGAGGUUUAAACAGAUGCUGAGGGAGAACCAGUUUGACGUGACUCAGAGUGGAUCUGUAGUUGAUGAUGAUGAUGAUGAGUUUCCUGAACUGUCGCUCCACCCUGACGUUCUGAGCCCUGAUGACCUGCCCCUUGUUCCUGCCAGCCAGGUGGAGGUGCACAAGGACACGCCGCCAGACAAUAAAAGGUCUGGGGGAAAAGACGCAGAGGUGGCCAUCGUAGACGAAGAGGCCAUUCUGAGUUUGUUGGAGAGCAGCCAGACGUUCCUCCCUUCUUCUCAAAGAUCCAGUCAGUCCGCUAUUCUCGAUAACAGCCAGGACCAGGCCAUGGUGGACCUGCUUGAGGGGCUUGCUGAUGAUGGCUUUCAGGCAGACAUGUCUAGAUCUGCGUCCGGUCGGCAGCUGUCUAGUAGCACUAACUGCCCUUACAACAGUGACGAGGAGGAGGCGGUGCCUGAGCUCGAGAAAGAGGAGGCGGAGCUAAGCAUGUUGAUGUCGCAAAGAUGGGACAGUGAUAUUCUGGCACCUUCGACCCGAUUGAUCCCAAAAGAUGCAAACGAAAGCUCCAGUGAAGAGCAGCACGACUCAUCAGAGGAAGAGAUGGAAUGGAGCGGAAACAACGAUCUCUUUGGUGACCUGUCCAUUCCCCAACUGGACGGAGCUGCAGAUGAGAACAGCGAUUCAUCAUUAACUGACAAAGGUUCCCGAGCUCAAUCUUCUCUUACGGCAAAUGACAAGAUCUUGGGAAGAAAAAAACACUUCCAAAGUGAAUCUGUUCACCGGGAGCCUCCAUCCUCGGCCAAAGUUCUUCUUGAGUGCAAGCACCCUGAGCACAGGCAGUCCCUCUCACUUGAUAAGGAGGAAUCAGCUGACAAGAACUUUCCUGCUGAGGUUCAAGAAGGCAGUGAACAGUUAACUGGGUUGAAAGUGAAUAAAGAGAUCCUUUACAUCCCACCAGUCAAGCACCCCAUCCUGUGCAAUAUACCAAAUGUGUCCCAGAUGGGUGCUGACAAAGCAGAGGAGCUCCCGCUCUUUACUAGUGAGAACAAAGCAACUGUCCUGAAUCAACCAGAUCUGGAUGGUUUGGCCUUUGGAAACUCAAAGCUAUCUCAGAGCAGGAAGAAAUACAGCAGCAUCAAAAAUGCUGAGAAGAAUCACAUAUCUGUCUUGCAGAAUCACAAGAGCAUUUCACUGAGCUUUUCUGAGCUUAGAAACUGUCCUUCCAUGACCGAACUGGAGCAGACUCAAAAAGACGGCAGAAACUCGGUGAAAAGGACUUUUGAGCAAGUACCAAGCCCCAUGGAGGACAUUGAGCCUUUGGCACCUCAUGUAGGUGAACUGGGCCAGGGCAUCGAGGAGGAUGAUGUUGGGGAGCUUAAGAUCCGAUAUGAGGAUUACCAGGAAAAUAAAACAGAAAGGACUAUAGUUGCCCAACAAGAAGCGCACUACAAGUUCUUCCCUAGUGUUAUUCUCUCAAACUGCCUCUCAAGGCCUGUGAAAAAGCAGGUUGGAAGUAAGACUGUUGAUGGCUGUUGCAGCUUGGAUCAUCCAGAGCAACGAAGGUCCAGGCUGAAGCUGAACAAAAAGAGGAGCAGUCCAGCAGGUCAAAAGCGGGCAAGUCCAACAGAAAUCCCCCAAACCCCCAAAAGUGAAGAUGUCACAGGGUGUACCACAUACUUACCAGACCACACAAACAAAGAAACUGAUGAGAAAGUUGAGAUGCAAAACCCAACCCUUGCAAAGUCUGAUCCAGCUGCAGACAAAGCUUCAGCUGAAUGUUCUAUUGAGGACAGGCUAGCAGAUCUUCCUGCCAAAAUAGCUUGCACCAGUGUAUCCAGUUUGCCAGGUAGCAAGUAUACUUUACGUACAAAACGUAAAGCUAUGAGUUAUGACAGUGAGGAUGGUGAUCACUCAAUUUCUCGUUCCUUCAAACAAGCCCUGGUACGCCGAGACAGCCUUAAAGAAAAUGGUGUCCUCACUGGAAGUCAGAAAAAGAGGAAGCUGUCAAAAAAAGAGCCGCCGAUUAUCAUCAAAUACAUUAUAAUUAACAGGUUUAAAGGGCAGAAGAAUAUGUUGGUAAAGAUGGCCAAGAUCAGAGCAGAUGAGCCAUAUGUGUUACUGACACAAGAGAAGCUUGACCAGUAUAACAAACUUGCCCCUCUGAAAAGUUUCUGGCCCAAGGUUCCAGAGUCACCAGCUGUCAAGUACCCUCUUCCAGAGCCAAAGGUAAAGAAACACCCCAAACGGAAGGCCAAGGUUACGCCACCAUCAGGGAAAGUCAGUAGUUCCUCAAAACCGAAAUCUGUGCAAGGCAGUAAGGUCAGAAGGACCUUAAAACAGAAGGUGAAAUCAGAAGUAGCCUUACCAAAACUGCCUCUUCCUUGGCCGUGCUACGGUGACUGCACUGAUGACUUCUGCACGGAGUAUUCGGACGUAAUGGUGGAGUUGGGUUAUCUCUCUGAGAGAGCACCCAGUCCUGCUGAUUCAACCCCACCUCGAUGCUGGUCUCCUACUGACCCCCUUUUAGAGUCAAAUGACAAUGAUCACUUGAUAAACCCGUAUAGUGAUCCUUGUCUUGGCUCGCCAUAUGAAGGUCUGUCCACAAACCUCUAUGGAAGAGGCAUCCGUAACCGAAACAAGACAUCGAGAUCAAAGAAGAUUUCUGACGUAAGCCCAAGAAGAAAAACUAAAACCACUCGUAAGCUAGCUGGCAGGGAUUCUACAGUGACUGGGGACAUGCCAAUGAAAAACACUUGCAGAGCUUCAAGAAGACCAAAGAAAGACACUGAAAGUAGAGAAGGAACCGAUGUUGGCAGCACUUCUCAGAAGAGUAGGAGAUCACGCAAGAAGAAGCAGGUUGAGGGAUCAGAGAACUCUUCUGCAAUAGCAGAGUCACAGAGUGAUUCACAGUCUUUGCACCCAGCUGAUAACCUUACGCCCACACAGACCUCAUCUGAUGAUUUGACUCCCUACCAACAUCCAGAUUCCCACCAGAAAAACCUUCAGCUUAGCAUUUCAAGUUCACAAGCACUACCAUCAGCUAUUGAACCAAAGUCAGAGGAGUGUGAAUCUAACAUUGGGGAUGUAUUUGGCUUCAGUGUACCUGCUUCAAACGAGCAAGAUCCUUUUGUUAUAAAAUCUCUAAAUAGUGUUCUCUCCCCAGCUGCGAAGAGUACUGGACAACCAUGCUCAGUCAUAACAUAUAGUAGGUCCAGUUCAAGGUCAGAGAGUGUAAGUCGAGAUGGAAACAUUUCCCCUAAUCCUUAUGAAUUUAAGUCCGAGCCUUCGGGUGCAGAACAGAGCCCUAAAGCUAUUCAGCUUUCCCAAAUAGCACCAAAGAUAUCUGGCAAACCCAGGCGACGGGCACCCAAGAAGAAAGAGGUGGGAGAAAAAGCAGUGUUAAAUUCUCCUGAGUCUAUGAUGUCGAUGAAUAUUUCAACAGAUGGACCUCAUUUUGCUGAACUCCAUUCACAGCCAAAAAAUGGAGAGACGCCGCCUCACCCAGAGAUACCUCCUGGACUUGCUGUCCUGAAGGAACUUCUCCAAAAGAGACAGUUGAAGGCGGGAGAUGCUGUUGUAUCAGAGAGUGUAUCUACCACUAAGCAAGUUUCUGAUGUUGCCAAACCUAAAAGGGCUCCCUCAUCUGCAACAAGGAAGCCCAGGGUCCCAAGAAAUCAGAUGCCAAAGGAGCCAAAGUCACGAAGCAGAAAAGGAAAGAACGCUAAACCAGAUAAUCCUGUGAAACUGGAACCUCCUCUUUCAGAUGGUAGCCCUGGAUUUUUGUCUGAUCCUGGUUUUGACAGCUGCUACUCAAUUGAAGAUAGCUUAUCUCCUGAGGUACCUCAUAAUUACAGCUUUGAUAUCAAUGCAGUCGGCCAGGCUGACUUCUCUGGUCUGUAUUCCAGUAGCCGAUUUGUUUUAACGGACAAGAAUUUGCCUCAGAAGUUCCUCAGUGAUGUCAAGCAGGAGGCCAUAUCUUCAGAUUUGGAAAACCUGCAAGAAAAGGUGCUAGACACUGUGCAAAGCUCCUUGCAUGAAUCAGCAUGGCAGAAGCCCAGGCCUCUUAGCCCCGAACUAUUUGAUAAAUCCUCUGGUGGGAAUGGGGAAGGGUUUCCCAAUGAGUUCUCGCUGUCUCUGCUGGACUCAGAGAAGAUUUUAAGAGGCAAAGAGUGGGGAGUCUCAUUGGGUAAAAUGCAUGGCAGUCACUUUCAAGACUUCCACUGUGAAAAGAGUGAUCUGCUAUAUGGGACUGAUCCCUUUUUACCCCUCACCUCAGUCUCUUUCGCUGACAAUGGCGUGUCCCCAAACGGAGACCUGCUGGAUGGAAACGAUGCAUUCACAUCAACAACUCCCAGCAGUUCUCCACGGUCUGUCAGUUCUCUGUCACAGCUAAGAAGCAGCAGUCAGGCUCAGAAGAGUGCAGGAGCUCACAUCCUCAAACCCCUGAUGUCCCCUCCCAAUCGCGAGGAGAUUCUUACAACAUUGCUCGAGUUGGACCUUUCGGAGGCCACCUACCAGGAACCUUUCUGCAGUGACCCUUCUGAUGUACCCUUCAAGCCAAGAGAGAUUGGUGGACGCAAGUUAGUGGUGGAAACAAGGCUGGCAAAAGAUCUGACAGAGUUCAGUAGCGAAUUAUCUCAAGAGGGUCUGCAGUUCUGGAAAACUGCGUUCUCUGCCAUGACUUGUUCCGGAUCGUUGCAUUAUCGGGGUGCUGACUCCUCCAAAUUCACCAAAGAUCAGAAGGACCACAGUCCGUCUCCGUCCAGUGAUCCAAAAGUAAUAUUACUUCCCUGCAAAAGUGCUCCAAGCCGAGAACGGGUACAGCUUUGGCUCCAUGCUAAGAGACAGUAUGAGUGCCUUCAGCGGGAGAUGAAAAGAAUUGGUUCAAAUAAAAUGAAGUUGGUGAUUUUAGACCAGGGCAAAUCUCAGCAAGCAGAUAGUAAGUCACCACAGCAAGAGGAGUUAGAAAGGUCUCAUAUUUCAACUCUUUCAGAGGGCAAAAAGGAAGACUCUGAAAGAGUGUCAGCUUUGCGGAGUCUCAGAAGAAAAGGGUUAAAUUUGUCUUUCCAUAUAUCUCCAGUAGAAAGUGCUGCAUCUGACAACAGCCCAAAGGACAUGAGUUGCAUCAAGGAUACUGCAAACAAAGGGCAAGAAGAGGGAGAUGGGCACUCCCUCAAACAAACACCUUCUCCAGACUCACCUGACCUACCACCAUGGCAGCAAACUACAGAUCAGAGUUUUGGUCCAGAUGAUGACAGGCAGGAACUGGCUGCUGGAUCAGAAUCUCCCAGGGUGGCUGGAUCCAUCAACCGUUCCUGUCAGUCGCCAGACAUUAUUAAGCCAAAGCAGUUCCUCAGUCCAUCUCCGUUUUACAUGAAAGCCCAGGAUGGAGACAGCCUCAGUCCCUGCAUCCUCCACAGCACUCCUGUCAUCAGCAGGAGGAAGAGCAGAGGAGACCCCGAGGUAGACUACAGCCCUCCUGGAACAGAAGAAGUGGAGACCAAAUCUAGGAGAGCACAACAGAGGAGGAACAGCAACACAGAUGCGUUACGGAGAGUGCUGCUGACCACGCAGAUGAAGAAUCAGUUCACAGGUCUGAAUGUACCCAAGAGGGACAACUCUCAGAUUGAGGGUCCGUCUAUCUGUAACUCGUAUGGAUUUAAAGUCAGCAUGCAGAACCUGCAGGAGGCUAAAGCUCUGCAUGAGGUCCAGCACCUGACAUUGAUGAGUAUGGAGUUGCAUGCGCGGACUCGGCGGGACCUGGAGCCUGACCCCGAGUUUGACCCUGUAUGUGCCUUAUUCUACUGCCUGAGCUGCGACAGCACGCUGCCCGACUCCUACAGCAAACAGAUCACAGGAGCUGUCAUCAUCGACCCGGACUGCCACUCUGCAGGACAAGGCUCGAGGAGCACAGCGCCCCUGCUGGUCAGGUCUGGUGUUGCAGGGCUGCAGGUCAGUUACACAGUGGAUGAGAAGGAGCUCUUUCAAGAAGUCUGUAGCAUCAUGAGGAAAUAUGACCCGGACAUCCUGGUGGGCUAUGAGGUGCAGAUGCAUUCGUGGGGUUACCUUCUGCAGCGGGCUUCAGCGCUGGGGCUGGAUCUCUGCCAACAGCUGUCCCGGGUGCCAGGAGAUGCGAAGGAGAACCGCUUCGCUGCAGAGAAGGAUGAAUAUGGUGCUGACACCAUGUCGGAGAUUCACAUCGUCGGGCGCAUCACCAUCAAUCUGUGGAGAGUCAUGAAGACGGAGGCUGCAUUGAAUAACUACAGCUUUGAGAAUGUGGCAUUUCACCUGCUGCACCAGCGCUUCCCUCUGUACACCCCACGCACACUCUCCGACUGGUUCGACCAUAAAACACAUCUGUACAGGUGGAAGGUGGUGGAUCACUAUGUCAGUAGAGUGUGUGGUGUGAUUCAGCUCAUGCAGCAGCAGGACAUCGUGGGACGAACCAGUGAGUUUGCACGAGUUUUCGGAAUCCAGUUCUACCACGUGCUGACCAGAGGAUCUCAGUACCGAGUGGAGUCGAUGAUGUUGCGCGUCGCUAAGCCGAUGAACUACAUCCCCGUCACUCCGAGCACACAGCAGCGCGCCCAGCAGAGGGCAACACAGUGCAUCCCGCUGGUCAUGGAGCCGGAGUCGCGUUUCUAUAGUAACUCUGUGGUGGUGCUGGACUUCCAGUCUCUGUAUCCCUCCAUCGUCAUUGCAUACAACUACUGCUACUCCACCUGCCUCGGACACGUGGACAGCCUCGGGACGUCGGAUGAGUUUCAGUUCGGUUGUACGUCUCUGCGCGUUUCCCCUGAUCUCCUCUAUCAGCUCCGUAAUGACAUCACGGUGUCUCCUAACGGAGUCGCGUACGUUAAGGCGUCGGUGCGUAAGGGCGUGCUGCCACGGAUGCUGGAGGAGAUCCUGCAGACCCGUCUGAUGGUGAAGGGGGCGAUGAAGUCGUAUCGUGAUGAUAAAGCUCUGCAGCGGCUGCUGAACGCUCGACAGCUCGGCCUCAAGCUCAUCGCCAACGUCACCUUUGGCUACACCUCCGCUAACUUCUCUGGCCGCAUGCCCAGCGUGGAGGUGGGGGACAGUAUCGUGCACAAAGCAAGAGAGACGCUGGAGAGGGCGAUCAAACUGGUGAACGAGACCAAGAAGUGGGGAGCGCGAGUGGUUUACGGAGACACAGACAGUAUGUUUGUGCUGUUGAAGGGGGCGACUAAAGAGCAGGCCUUUAAAAUCGGUCAUGAAAUCGCUGAAGCAGUAACAGCCACCAACCCCAAACCAGUGAAGCUGAAGUUCGAGAAGGUGUAUCUCCCGUGUGUGUUACAGACUAAGAAGCGCUAUGUCGGUUAUAUGUAUGAGUCCAUGGAUCAGAAGGAUCCUGUGUUUGACGCUAAAGGCAUUGAGACGGUGAGGAGAGAUGGCUGCCCCGCUGUUUCCAAGAUCCUGGAGCGCUCGGUGAAGCUGCUGUUUGAGUCUAGGGACAUCAGCCUGGUGAAGCAGUAUGUGCAGCAGCAGUGCGUGAAGGUUCUGGAGGCUAAAGUGAGCCUGCAGGAUCUGACCUUCGCCAAAGAAUACAGAGGCAGCGCCUCCUACAGGCCGGGAGCCUGCAUACCAGCACUGGAGCUGACCAGGAGGAUGAUGUCAUAUGAUCGGCGUUUGGAGCCUCGUGUUGGAGAACGUGUUCCGUACGUUAUAGUCUACGGUACUCCGGGGGUUCCUCUGAUCCAGCUGGUGCGGCGCCCCCUGGAGGUCCUGCAGGACCCCAGCCUGCGGCUGAACGCCACCUAUUACAUCACCAAACAGAUCCUGCCCCCCCUCGCCCGCAUAUUCAACCUGAUCGGGGUGGACGUGUUCUGCUGGUACCAGGAGCUGCCGCGGGUCCAGAAGUCCUCCUGUCUCUCGGGGGGCGCUGUCGGAGAGGAGGUGGGACGGAAAGGCACCAUCUCUCAGUACUUCACCACGCUGCACUGCCCGGUGUGUGACGAGCUCACUCAGCUGGGGGUGUGCGAGCGGUGUCGGGCAGAACCUCAGCGCGUGGCCGUCACUCUGCAGCAGAACCUCAGACUGUGGGAGAGCCAGCAGGACCAGCUGCUGAAGAUCUGUCGGGCAUGCAGUGGCAGUGUGGAACGUCAGGUUCCAUGUGUUUGUCUAGACUGUCCAGUUCUCUAUAAGGUGACUCGGGUCAACCGGCAGCUCUCCAGAGCUCCAUAUCUACGCCAGCUUCUGGAGCAGUUCUGACCUCCUCUGUGUCUCUCUCUCUCUCCCUCUCCCUCUCCCUCUCUCUCUCGCUCUCUCUCUGAUCUGGUGCUAUACGCUGCUCUGAAGCAGCUCAGUGUUCAUGUCUGUUUUAAACGGUGCUUCGUUUUGAACUCGGAGGGUCUCGCUCUGUCCCUUUUUUGUUUUUUUCUUUUGCCCCCCCCCCCCGCCGAGCAUGCUCAGUCGCUCACUGGGACUGAAGAGGAGCAGAUGAGGAAGCUUUCCCGUGUUGCCGUGGUGAUUCAUUAGCCUCCUGAUCAUUAGUUCUCAUUGUUCGCUGCUAUCAACUAAAAGAAAUGGUCUGUCCUGGUUUUGCUGGUUUCUGUGGGCGUCUGUACUGUGGAGAACGUGUGAUCACGGCGGGUCAGACGGGGUCUCGGUAGCAGGUUCUAUAAGAACGAGAGAUUCUGAAGCUGCGAGUGAUUUUCAGUGGUCUGAACGAAAGCCCUGUGUAAAUAUGUCCUGUAUAGUAAGUGUCUGAAGUCCUGUGUCUGUCAGUGUUCGGGAGUAAACGACUGUAAUCUCUUACCGAAGGAAGAAUGUUUGUUUUUUCAGGGUUUCAUUUCUACACGCCGAAGAAGCCGCGGCGCAAACCUGUCUGAUUACAUUUCAGAGAGAAGCUGAUCAUCCUGUGCGUUUUUUACAGAUGUUUCUAAGCAGAACAGAACCUCCCGUGUUCUUUACCUGCGCUAAAAGAAAUGAAUAAAGGUCAUUUAAACGUUUCCACAACAGGACACUGUGGAUCUGCAAACUGUAAACUUGUACAAACGAAGAAAGUGUGUUUUUUCCCCUUUUUCUUUUUUAAUAAACAUCUUUGGGUGGAGGCUUAAGAUUGAUAUAAUAAAACUUGAUGUAUUAAAUGA